CGCCAGGCGGACAGGAUCAUAGACACGUUGUCUUCCGGACCUCAUGAGAGGAUUCUCGAUCCUGAACUCCGCUUCAUAUGGAAAGAAAUGGGAUGGAGAGGCACGGUAAAGGCACGACAUUUCGUUGUGGCUCUUCACGACCAUUACAUCGAAAGACUUCAUUCGAUGGGAAAUGCACCUCAUGAAGGUCAGCUUCAUAAUGAGGUUGCAUCGAACCCUGAAGAUAAGUACGCGAUGGCGGUCUGUGACUCCUCCAAAAUGCCACCAUAUGGAUACCGGGACCGCUGGGCACUGGAAUACAUCGGAGUCGUCAGACUGCAGCCGCUCAUAGAAGCAUUCGACGACGACGCCUCGGGAUUUAUCAGCGUAGUAGAAGCGAAUGAAUUCUCAGAUCCAAGGCUCCGUCCGAGAUCAUGG